CCACACACAGAGCUAUAAUUCUUUUCCAGGUUUUUUCUGUCGCUGUGAUACUUUGAUCAAUAGUUUGGUGCAGUUUUUCUCUCUGAGUGCCAGACUCUGAACAGAUCAGACCUGUAAAUCGUUAAAUCUGCAUUCAAAACAACUGAUUCUGCUCUCAUUUGGUCUGUAAACAUCUUUCAGCACAAGAUCUCUGAUUGAACAACCAGUGCAUUUGUUAAGGCCUCUAAACGUUACGUUCAGUGAAGUCAGUGGAACAAAGACUUCCAAGACUCGUUGAAGGUUUGUCUGAUCAAAGGUAACUGAGCCUGAGCUGAGUUUAUCACCGUGUGAAACCACUUUGAUCAGUACUGACGUCAGGUUCAGUGUCAGCGUGACACCGACACUCCGCAGGUCGACGCCGCUCUCCAUGACGACGCUGCCAACACAGUCCAAAGGUCACCUGUUCAGACUGAAGCAGGAACAGGUGAGCCGGGUCACAUGGCUGUCUGUCUGAUAGCAACUGCAACCUGAUAGGCUGGAGCCAGGCAGUGAUGUCAUCUGAUAGGCUGUAAUCUAGCAAACAGGUGUGACAUGGAGAAGGAGAGAAGAAGAAACAGACGACGGAUGAGAGAAGGAGAGAAGAAGAAAACAAGUCAGAGAAGAGGAGAAAAGGAGGAACAGGAGGAGUAAGAGGAGGAGGUGCAGAUGGAUCGCAGUGUGAUCCGGCUGAGUCACUGUCAGAAGGAGAUCUUCUGCUUCUCGGUGCCAGAGGAGUGUCCGAGCUGUGGGGAGGAGCUGAGGGGGAGCAGACUGCAGGAGGCGCCGGUCAGCCUCCCGUCCCCCCUCACCAACGGACACAAGAGCUCCUGCUGCCUGCUGGUUGCACCUGCACACGACAACCUCAACAGAGAGUUUGAUGGGACGUCAGAUCUGCACACCGGCAUCUCCAACACUACAGGAGUUGUGUAUAACUACACUUCUGGUGGAGUUCGUAGAGAUCUGAUUGGUUGGGAGAGCUGCGUCAGUGUUCCUCUGGUCCGACCCGACAUGUUCCACCUGCUGGCUCAGUGGGACAAGUACCUGGACCGCUUCUCUGAGGGACCCAUGUGGGACCCCGCCUGGCACAGGUUCCAUGAGGAGGACCAUAACUGCUUCAGUUUCUGUCUUCAGUUCAUUAACGGCGUCCUGGCGGCAGAGGGGCGGAGCUCUCUGAGCAGAGAGACCUUCACGCACAGCUUCAUCCUGCCGAGGAUGAGGAGGGUCUCCAAAUACACCACGCUGUACCAGCACAUCCAGAGACACCAGUACUACCUGGUGGACAGACAGGAGGACAGACAGGAAACACCUGAUAAACCAGACCUAUUUUGUGCCAGUUCUGUUUCAUAAAGGGCUCGAAAGGAGUCUCAUUGACAAGGAACCUGAUCCUCCAGACUUCAGUUUGUCUCCAUGGUACCAGAUCUGCUCCCACAGCCAGAACAUUAUGACCACCUGCCUGAUACCGUGUAGGUCCCCCUUUAGCCGCCAAAACCUCCCUGACCCAUCGAGACCUGGACUCCACUAGAUCUCUGAAGGAGGGCUGUGGUAUCUGGCACUAAGAUGUUGGCAGCAGAUCCUUUAAGUCCUGUAAGCUGUGCGGUGGAGCCUCCAUGGUCCGGACUCAGUGGUCCAGCACAUCCCACAGAUGCUGGACUGGACUCGAGGUCUAGAAUCUGGAGGCCAAGUCAGCACCUUGAACUCGUGGUUGUCCUGGACAAGAAGACCAUGAAGAGUCCGCUGCCAUCAGCGAACACCGUGACCUGAUCCAUCAGACCAGACCACCUUCUUCCACUGAUCCUCGGUCCAGUUCUGAUUCUCAUCUGCCCGCUGUGGGAGCUUUCAGCAGUGGACAGGGACCAGCACGGGCCCCCUGACUGGCCCCAUGCACAACAAACUGUGAUGCUCUGUGUGUUGUGAGGCCUUUCUAUCAGGGGUCUUCACCUGUCAGAGGGCAGAACGUUACAGGCAGCUUCACCUGCUGACCCCCGUCAGGUCGUAGAUUAGGAACUUUAAGUCUCUUCUGCCACUUCCUGCCUCCGUCGCGCUGACUCACCUGUGUGAGCACUUCCAGGUGUAUCUGAGCCGAGACACAGGCGGUGUGUGUUUCAUGUGUGGAGUCUCAAUAAAGCUCAUCUGAUCUUU